AUGGGGACGUGGGCCAUCAACCAGGGCAACGCCCGUUGCGGGCCGGGCGCGAAGGCUACAUCAGUCCAAGAAGCUGUCGCCGCCGACAACAUCGCGUGGGGUUCCCGCUCCGGUGCAGCGGCCGGUGGCCGUGCCAGCGGUCGGGUGAGUCCGGUCAGCAGCAUCGGGGGGGCGAGGCCCGCGUCGGAGGCUUCGGCGGGUGGCCAAAACAGCGGUCGAUCGAGCCCGACCAUGAGUACGGGUGGGAUAGACGACGACUCAUCGCCCGCGGGGAGCGGGUCAUCGAGGAAGGUUCCGCCGCUUGGUGGAUUGGUGACGCACAUGGGGUCGCUGAGCAUUCCGACGCUUGCGCAAAGUGCCGGUGUCACCACGGAGGAGGCGGACUACUUCCUCAAGGCGGGCUUCACGGCUGACGAAGUUCAGACGGAAAGGACCGUGGCGAUGAUGACGGUUUUACUCGACAAACGGCCUACUCUACAGCGCGACGGACACAGCGUCGAGGAUUACGUUGAUGAGCUAGGUGAUGACGAGGAUGCGCAGCUGCCCGGAGUUGACGGUGUCAACGAGUCGGUCAUGUUUGAUCUGCUCGAUCUUUACGGCGUGGGAAAGAGGGGCUUCCGCAGCCUGCCGGAUUCGAAUUGGUUUCACUGCGGAAGGCCCGUAGAACGUGUGACGCCGGGCAAGGUUCAGGUUACGAAGCGGGUGGCGAGGUUGUUGGUGCUCGGCGCCGGCGUGACGAACUCCGGGCUGUCCGCCGCCGGUCAGACAUCCAUCUCCGGUUCUACAGCAGCUAGGGGUGCGCGCGCCAUGUCAGGCAUGGACCCUUCACGGGCGGCGAGUAGGGCUUCGGGAAACCGUGGAAGGAAGACCCGUGCCAAGACCAAUAAGCUCGCCGAGGAGGGGCUAGAUAGCUUCAUGGAGCGACAGGUGGCUCAAGCUCAGAAACUCGCCGAUCAGAAACAUGAAGAGGACGAGAGGAGGCGGGCGGCGGAAAAUAAACGAGAACUAGGGAGGAGGCAAGAGCUCGUGGACAUGAUGGCCCACGAGAGGGCCAUGCGGGAGGAUGAAAGGAAACACGACAGACAAGAGCGUGAAGAGGAGAGGGCGGCUGCACGGGCAGAUCAAAAGGCAGAUCGCGAUCACCAAAUCAAGAUGAUGCAACUGCAGGUGGACCUGGCGAAGGCGAAGGGGAACAACAACUAG